GAAAUUUGAUCACCAUUAAAUGAAAGAGGCUCAGAGUGGGAGGGGCUCUCCUGUCAUUUCCCCCUUUCCUAAAUCUCCAUAAAAGCAAGCGCAAAUCUAUGGGUUCAAGGUACGUAGUCGGUUUGUGGGGGGCGUCUGAGAAAUCGAGAAACCAAUUCACCCAAAAAUCCCACAGACUAAAAUAUAAAAUGAAAAAUAAAAAUAAAAAUUAAUUAAAAAAAAAUAACGCCCCCCACCCCCAUCCCCCCUUUUCUUUUUCACACCCAAGGCAGACUAGAGAGAGAGAAAAAAAACAAGAUUAUCCCAAAUCUCAUCUCUUCUGAGCCUCCUUCUCUCUGGUAUCUGCGGCGUUGUUGUUUCCCUUGUACAUAUGUUUUCUUCCUAGACCAGACCCCUUCCCUUUUCAUUUCAUAAUUAUUUUCGCACCAUCAAAUCAAAGGGAUAGAUUUGAUUUUCCCCCUAUCUCGUCUUUUGAUUUGGGCGAUGCGGCGCGGCAGAGCGGCGGCGAGGCAAGCGGAGGCGAUUCACGGCGGCGAAGUCAACGGAUCUGGUGUUUCUAAGGAGGUCAGAUUCCGUGGCGUCAGGAAGAGGCCAUGGGGCCGUUUCGCGGCGGAGAUCAGAGACCCGUGGAAGAAGACGCGCGUCUGGCUCGGCACCUUUGACUCGGCGGAGGACGCCGCCCGCGCCUACGACACCGCCGCUCGCUCGCUCCGCGGCUCUAAGGCCAAGACCAACUUUCCCGUGCCCCUGAACGGCGCCGUUUCCCCCAAUUUCAACCCCCAAAAUCCUAAUCAGCCGCAGAUCGAUGAUAACCCUAACGAUCCGUUCAUGGACUCCCGAUUUUACCCUCAGGAGCACCAUAUAAUAGCGCAGCAGAGACCGACCUCCAGCGGCAUGAGCAGCACCGUUGAGUCUUUUAGUGGGCCCCGGCAACUGCCCCUCCCUCAGCCUUUCGUGCGGCAGCCGAGGAGGUAUCCACGUUCGCCACCGAUGGUUCCAGAUGAUUGUCGCAGCGAUUGUGAUUCUUCCUCCUCCGUCGUUGAUGAUACCGAGUGUGACAUCGCCUCCUCCUCUUGUAAAAAGCCUCUGCCUUUCGAUCUUAACAUGCCGCCGCCGGUCGACGCCGUCGCAGGCGUUGAUGCCGAUGUGGACGAGCUAGCUUGCACGGCGCUCCGGCUCUGACGAGUUAGAUGAUGAUCCUCUUAUCUUUCGGAAGAAACCAUUUGGUUAAAUUACCAAGAUUUUUUUUCCUUUUCUUUUCUUUUUCUCUUUUGGGGCUUCUUUGCCCCAUUUUUUUUGUUUUUAUUAGCGAAAAAAAAAGAAAAAAAAAAGAGAGAGAAAAAAUGAGAGAUGAGAAUGCUCAUAGAUAAGGAUGGAUGACUGAACGUUAUUAAGUCUAAGAGUCUGUCUUCUGUGAGUGUCUGUUGUUUGAAGAGAAUUCGCUUGUUUUAAAUUUAUAAACUCAAUGUUAUCGAUAAUCAAGGUUGUUCUGGUGUA